AUGGCUUCCAAUAUCCCUGUUCCACCAGUUACUGCAGCUGGUACUGCUCCUGCUACGGGCAUUCAUCCUUCAUUGAUCCCAGCUCCUGCUGCCAAUGCUACUCCGCUUUUGCCCAUUUCACCCCGGUCGCCUAGUGCACCACAUCGUCCCGUCACUGCUCUUGAGGAUAGCAAAGAUGCGACCACAGCAGCUCUUGUUUUGCAAGAUGGCACUUCUUUCCAAGGCUUUUCUUUUGGUUCGGAAAAGGCUAGCAUUUCGGGUGAAUGUGUCUUUCAAACCGGCAUGGUGGGCUAUCCCGAAUCAUUGACGGAUCCCUCUUACCGUGGCCAAAUCCUUGUGCUUACAUUCCCUUUGAUUGGCAAUUAUGGUGCUCCUUCAAGGACUGAGAUGGAUGAGUUGCUUAACAACAUUCCAAAGUACUAUGAGUCCAAUGAAAUCCAUGUCGCUGGUUUGAUUGUGGGCAACUAUGCUCCCGAUUAUUCUCAUUAUUUGGCAUCCUCCUCCUUGUCGGCAUGGCUCAAGGAAAACAAUGUACCAGCCUUGUACGGUAUUGAUACCCGCGCAUUGACCAAAAAGAUUCGUAUGCAAGGUGUCCUCCUUGGCAAGAUUCUCUUCCCCAAGACCGCUGAUACUUUGCUUGACUCAGCUGCAAGUGCCCUUGGUUUCUCAUCUUCCGAUAAUCAAGAUAAGCAGCAAUCAGUAGCUGGUACCGAACGAUGGAUGCAGGAUUAUCAAGAUGUCGAAUGGGUGGAUCCUAAUCAGCGCAACCUCGUUGCUGAUGUCUCUAUCAAGGAGCCCAAGCUAUACAAGCCUGAUCCAGCAAAGGCUAUCAAGUUGCCUGAUGGCCGUACAUUGCGUAUUGUCGCUGUGGAUGUUGGUAUGAAGUAUAAUCAAAUCCGCUGCUUUGUGCGUCGUGGUGUGGAACUUUUGGUGGUGCCUUGGGAUUAUGAUUUCACUGCUGAGCAAUAUGAUGGCUUGUUCUUAUCGAAUGGUCCUGGUGAUCCAACCAUGGUGCAAACCACUUUCAAUCGCUUACGCACGGUGUUGCAAUCUGGCAAGAAGCCCAUCUUUGGUAUUUGUUUGGGUCAUCAAUUGCUCGCCUUGGCUGCAGGUGCAAAGACCAUGAAGAUGAAGUAUGGUAAUCGUGGCCAAAACAUUCCUUGCACAAACUUGAUCUCCGGCCGCUGCUACAUCACUUCACAAAACCAUGGUUAUGCUGUUGAUGCAUCCACCUUGCCAAAUGACUUCCAAGAACUCUUUGUCAAUGCCAAUGAUGGAUCCAACGAAGGUAUCAUUCACAAGUCCCUUCCUAUUUUCUCGGUGCAAUUCCAUCCCGAAUCCAACCCUGGUCCACGUGACACUGAAUUCUUGUUUGAUGUCUUUAUCAACACCGUCAAGUCUUGUGUUGAAAAGAAUGCUCUUGUCCCACUCGAAUUCCCUGGUGGUACCAAGGCCGAGAAUAUCAAAAAGAACCCACGCGUCAAUGUCAGCAAGGUUCUUGUUCUUGGUUCAGGUGGUUUGUCUAUUGGCCAAGCUGGUGAAUUCGACUACUCUGGUUCUCAAGCUAUUAAGGCUUUGAAGGAAGAAGGCAUCUACACCAUCUUGAUCAAUCCCAACAUUGCUACUAUUCAAACCUCAAAGGGUUUGGCUGACAAGGUUUACUUUUUGCCUGUUACCCCCGACUUUGUACGCAAGGUGAUUCAAUUUGAGAAGCCCGAUGGUAUUUAUUGUACAUUUGGUGGUCAAACGGCUCUCAAUGUGGGUAUCAAGCUCAAGGAUGAAUUCGAAUCGCUUGGCGUCAAGGUCCUUGGUACACCUAUUGACACCAUCAUCACCACCGAAGAUCGUGAUUUGUUUGCUCAAGCCCUCUACGAGAUCAAUGAAAAAUGCGCCCAAUCAGCCUCUGCUGUCAACCAUGAAGAAGCUUUGGCUGCUGCCAAGGAGAUUGGUUACCCUGUCAUUUGUCGUGCUGCUUAUGCUCUUGGUGGUUUGGGCUCUGGUUUUGCCGACAAUGAACAAGAACUCGUUGAAUUGUGCAACAAGGCAUUCGCCACCUCUCCUCAAGUGUUGAUUGAAAAGUCCAUGAAGGGAUGGAAGGAAAUUGAAUACGAGGUCGUUCGUGAUUGCCGUGACAACUGUAUCACCGUUUGUAACAUGGAAAACUUUGAUCCUCUUGGUAUCCACACGGGUGACUCUAUUGUCGUUGCUCCUUCCCAGACGCUUUCGGAUGAAGAUUACAACAUGCUUCGUACAACUGCUGUCAAUGUCAUCCGCCAUUUGGGCGUUGUCGGUGAAUGUAACAUCCAAUACGCUCUCAAUCCCUUCUCCAAGGAAUACUGCAUCAUUGAAGUCAAUGCUCGUCUUUCUCGUUCUUCCGCUCUUGCCUCCAAGGCUACCGGUUAUCCACUUGCUUUUGUUGCUGCUAAGCUUGGUUUGGGCAUUCCUCUCAAUGAAAUCAAGAACAGCGUCACCAAGGUCACCUGUGCAUGCUUUGAGCCAUCGUUGGAUUACGUCGUCGUCAAGAUUCCUCGUUGGGAUUUGAAAAAGUUCAACCGUGUCAGCACCUCUCUCAGCUCCUCCAUGAAGUCAGUGGGUGAAGUGAUGGCUAUUGGUAGAAGCUUUGAAGAAACAAUGCAAGAUGCUAUUCGUGCCAUUGACUACAACUUUGUCGGCUUCAGCCCUAGCGACAUCAUUGAUAAUGACAAGCUUGAUGAGGAGCUCAAGAAUCCUUCCGAUCAACGUCUCUUUGCUAUUGCCAAUGCCAUGGCUUCGGGAUACACUGUUGACCGUAUUUGGGAAUUGACCAACAUUGACAAGUGGUUCUUGAACAAGUUGAUGCGUGUUGCCAAUCUCGAUAAGCGUUUGGAAGGCUUCACUAAGGCCAACAUCCCUGGCAACUUGUUGCGUACUGCCAAGCAACUUGGUUUCUCGGAUCGUCAAAUUGCCAACAAGAUCAACAGCAACGAAUUGGCUGUGCGUCGCCUUCGUCAAGAAUAUGGCAUUACACCCUUUGUCAAGCAAAUUGAUACUGUGGCCGCCGAAUUCCCUGCUUUCACCAAUUACUUGUACAUGACGUACAAUGCUGUUGAGCACGAUGUGACCUUUGAAGAUAACGGCAUCAUGGUGCUUGGCUCCGGUGUCUAUCGUAUUGGUUCUUCGGUUGAAUUCGAUUGGUGUGCUGUUCGUGCUAUCCGUACCUUGCGCGAAAAGGGCAUCAAGACUGUAAUGGUCAACUACAACCCUGAGACUGUAUCUACCGAUUAUGAUGAAGCUGAUCGCUUGUACUUUGAAAACAUCAACCUUGAGCGUGUUCUCGAUAUCUACGAAGCUGAGCGUUCGGGUGGUGUUAUCAUGUCUAUGGGUGGUCAAACUCCCAACAACAUUGCCUUGCCCUUGUACCGCCAAAACGUCAAGGUCCUUGGUACCUCUCCUGAAAUGAUUGACAAUGCUGAAAACCGUUACAAGUUUUCACGCAUGUGUGAUCGUAUUGGUGUGGAUCAACCUCAAUGGAAGGAACUUACCAGCUUUGAGGAAUCACAAGAAUUCUGUGACAAGGUCGGCUAUCCUGUAUUGGUUCGUCCUUCUUAUGUGUUGUCGGGUGCUGCUAUGAAUGUCGUAUUCUCCAAGGAUGAUCUUGCAUCUUAUCUCAAGGAAGCAGCUGCCGUGUCACGUGAUCACCCUGUUGUCAUUUCCAAGUACAUUGAAGAAGCCAAGGAAAUUGAAAUGGAUGCUGUUGCUUUGGACGGCAAGAUGAUUAUGCAUGUCAUUUCGGAGCACGUUGAAAAUGCUGGUGUGCAUUCUGGUGAUGCUACUCUUGUAUUGCCACCACAAGAUUUGGAUCCUGAGACUGUGCGUAAGAUUGAAAAUGCAACAGCCAAGAUUGCAAGUGCUUUGAACGUCACGGGUCCUUUCAAUAUCCAAUUCAUUGCCAAGGAUAAUGAGAUCAAGGUCAUCGAAUGUAACGUACGUGCUGCUCGCUCCUUCCCAUUCGUCUCCAAGGUAUUGGGCGUGGAUCUUGUUGAGAUGUCAACCGUUGCCAUGCUUGGUUUACCCGUGGAACCUUAUCCCAAGAUCGAUAUUCCUAAGGACUAUGUUGGUGUCAAGGUGCCACAAUUCUCAUUCAGCCGUUUGUCGGGUGCUGAUCCUGUUUUGGGUGUCGAGAUGGCCUCCACUGGUGAAGUGGCUUGCUUUGGCAAGGACAAGUACUCUGCUUAUAUGAAGGCCUUGUUGGCUACUGGUUUCUCGUUGCCAAAGAAGAACAUCUUGCUCUCCAUUGGUUCGUAUAAGGAGAAGCUCGAGUUGUUGCCAAGCGUUGAAAAGUUGCAUCAACUUGGUUACAACAUCUUUGCCACUACCGGCACAGCUGACUUUUACUCGGAGCACAAUAUCCCUGUCAAGCAUCUUGAGUCUUUGGAUGGUGAUGCCGCCGACAAGCUUAAGGCUGAAUACUCGUUGCAGCAACAUUUGUCCAACAAUUUGAUCGACUUGUACAUCAACUUGCCAUCACGCAACCGAUUCCGUCGCCCUGCAUCCUACAUGUCUAAGGGUUAUCGCUCUCGUCGUAUGGCUGUUGAUUACUCUGUCCCCUUGUUGACCAAUGUCAAGUGUGCCAAGAUCUUUAUUGAAGCUCUCGCACGUACUCAUCAAGAAUUCCAAGUCUCGGGUAUUGAUUACAAGACCAGCCAUACUACAGCUACUGUACCAGGCCUUAUCAACAUGCACGCUUAUCUUGCCAACAGCACCGAAUUUGGUGAAUUGUCAAAGGCAUCCAUCUCAUCGGGUUUCACCACUGUGUCCUCGUUUGCUGAUGACGUACAAGAUGAUUCAUCUCUUGAGGCUGCUAGCAAUGCUGCACGCAAGGCUGCAUACACCGAUUACUUGCUCAAUGUGACCGCCACAGCCAACAACGCCAAGCAGCUUGCAUCUGCCGCCUCCGAAGUUGCUGCUGUGUAUCUCAAUGCUGAAAAGAUUGGCACUGGUCAAGUAUCCGUUUUCGAUUCGGUGUUCUCCUCAUGGCCUAGCUCUCAUUUGAUGGUUGUUGAAGCCAAGGGCACUGAUCUUGCAUCCACCUUGUUGUUGGCCUCCCUCCACAACCGUGUCAUUCACGUGACCAAUGUGAUGAGUGGAAGCGACCUUGCAUUGAUUGAGAUGAGUAAGAACAAGGGUCUUCAAGUGACAUGUGAUGUUGCCGUGUAUGCAUUGUUCUUUGCUUCUGAGCAAUUCAACGAUACCAAGUUAUUGCCAACCAAGAAGGAACAAGAAGCCUUGUGGUCCAACUUGGAUGUCAUUGAUUGUUUCUCUGUGGGUGCUACUCCUCGCAAGCUUGCUGCCGAAAUGGGUCACACUGUGUCUGCCACAGCUGGUGUUCACGAAGCCUUGCCAUUGUUGCUUGAUGCUGUUGCCCAAGGUCGUCUCAAGCUCAAGGACAUUGUUGAUCGCUUGCACGAGAACCCACGUCGCAUCUUUGGUCUUGUGCCACAACCAGACACCAACAUUGAGAUUGAAGUGGAUCGUCAAUACGUGUUCCAAUCAAGUGAAUGGUCACCUUUGCAAGGACGUACUAUUCGUGGCUCUGUGCAUCGUGUGGCUGUUGAGGAUCAAACCUUGUACAUGGAUGGCAGCUGUCUUGCCAAGGGUGAUCAAGGCCGUGAUGUUUCUAUCCAAGGUCAAGCUGUCAAGGCUGCCGUCAAGGGUGAACAACCUGUGCAAGAAGAUGUGCAAGAAUUGCAACGUAAAAAGAAGCCAUCCUCCAUGACGUUGCCUGGUGCCCAUGAUGAAGGUCUUGUUCAAUAUGUUCCACCCAAUGUCGAAAUUUCAGCUUCUCUUGCACGUGUUCUUAGCCGCUCACCAUUCUAUCGCAAGCACAUUUUGCGUUCGAAGCAAUUUGAUCGCAACGAUUUGCACUUGCUCUUUGGUGUUGCUCAUGAAAUGCGUAACCUUGUUGAGCGUUAUGGAUCCAUCAAUGUAUUGCAAGGCCGUGUCAUGAGCACCAUGUUCUUUGAACCAUCCACUCGUACCUCUUCGUCGUUUGAAGCUGCUAUGAUGCGUCUCGGUGGUCAAGUUGUUUCUGUUAGUGCUACCACAUCCUCUGUUCAAAAGGGUGAAUCGCUUGCCGACACUGUACGCACCCUUGGUUGCUAUGGUGAUUUGAUUGUUCUUCGUCAUCCUCAACCUGGUUCGGCUCAGCUUGCCGCCAAGUACAGCAAGGUGCCCAUUAUCAAUGCUGGUGAUGGUGUAGGUGAACAUCCUACUCAAGCCUUCCUUGAUGUCUUUACCAUUCGUGAAGAACUUGGUACCGUUAAUGGCCUCAGCAUCACUUUGGUGGGUGAUUUGAAGAAUGGACGUACUGUACACUCUCUUGUCAAGAUCUUGGCUUACUACCAAGUCACCAUCAACUAUGUUGCACCUGAAUCACUCAUGAUGCCCAAGGAGGUUAUGGAAGAGGUUGAACAAGCUGGCAUCAAGCAAAACGUUUACACUUCUCUUGAUCAAGUCAUUGACAACACCGACGUGCUCUACAUGACUCGUGUUCAAAAGGAACGCUUUGGCUCCGAAGAAGAAUAUCUCAGCGUCCGUGAUUCAUUCAUCCUCAACAAUGAUGUGAUCAGCAAGGCCAAGUCUCAAAUGAUUGUCAUGCAUCCUUUGCCACGUGUCAAUGAAAUUGAGCCUGAAGUCGAUUACGAUCAACGUGCUGCCUACUUCCGCCAAAUGCGUUAUGGUCUUUACGUCCGCAUGGCUCUCUUGGCUCUUGUCUUGGGUACUUUGCGCGAUUAA